UGAAGGUUUAGUUAAAGGUAGAGCCCUAGUUAGAAGAUAAAGGUAUAAAGUUAAAGGAAGGACCCUAGUUCUGUGAAAUUAGGGUUCAUAUCUUAUGGUGGAGCAGCAGCAGAGUCUCCAUGACGCGGCCAGGGCGGGCGACUUGGAUGCGAUUAGAUUGGCGCUGGCGGCGGAUCCGGACGCUGUGAACAAGCGCGAUCGCCACUCCCGCACACCAUUGCAUCUGGCAGCGUGGGCGGGACACGCCAAUGCCGUGAAGCUCCUCUGCGAGGCGAAAUCUCCUGUCAACGCCGCGGCGAUGGAUGAUAUGUCGGCGCUCCACUUCGCGUGUCAAAAGGGCCAUCUCCAAGCCGUGAAGGAGCUCUUGGGCGGUGGAGCCUCCAUCAAUUCGCAUUCCAGAAAGGGGCUCACUCCACUGCACUGUGCUGUCCAGGGCAACCACAAGGAUCUUGCAACUUACCUGGUGAGGCGAGGGAGCAAUCUCUCCGCCAAGAACAAAGCAGGGAAGACUCCCGGCGAUCUUGCAAGCUCCGAGCUGCGCGAGGCCAUCGAGGGCGAGAGCCUGGCUCUCAAGGCCAGGAAAGAGGCCAAGGCCGAAGAGCGAGCUGCCAAGGUCCAAAAGACCGCCAAAGUCUCUCUCACUCACUUAGAGCAAGAGGAUCACGUCGAGCAAGAGGAUUGAAAACAUAGGACCUCUCACCUCGAGCAAUACAAGAUCGAUCGAAGAUCACCACUGCGAGUGAGAGGAUCACGAGCAAGAGGAUUGAAAGUAUAGGAUCUCUCACCUCGAGCAAUACAAGGUCGACGAUAUGAAUCGAAGAUCA